CCGAGGACGCGGCAGGCGCGUGUUGGUGCUCGGGGUGCCAUGCAAGCCACAUGCAACACUGCCGUGGAUCAAGUCCUUAGUAUCUAGAGCACUGCCAAAUCUGCCAACUGGAGGAUAUGCCACCGUCACCGACCCCACCAUUUGGGCUCUUUAAAUCCAAAUCUAAAGAAUUUCCUGAAAUCCGCUCUAGAUCGGUAAACUUCCAACCGGAGGAGCAGAUGGCUGCAUACGGUGCCACACAUCCUCAAGAAGAGGAUUAUUGGUUGCAACAUCAGGAGGGACCUUCCCCUGUCCAAUUACAAUAUGAUCCUAUGCAUGAGUUCCAAGCUUUCCAAAAGAUCUCCUCGGAAUGGAGCGUCCGUCGUCCACGCGGGAGCUCAAGUGGAAAGUUCAGCUGGUCGAACCCCCCCUCACCUGCGAAGCCCACAUAGCGAUUCGGGGACUCUUCCAGGUAGUCCGGUGGGAUUGGGCCAUCCCUCAGGUGUUCAUCAAGUAUAUAUGAACCCAGCUCCACCGACAACCAUAUCCAUCAUCGACGCGCCAUCCAUGACUCCCACUCCUUCCCCUCCGCCCCCUCCACCGAAACGCAAAAGCAGCCUAAAGAGGCUUUUUAUGCCUACCUGGUCCCGCACUUCCCUCCCUGAGACUCGGAAUGUAGGGGGUGAAACAGAUACCCCUGCUGUUGGGGCACAACGACCAUUUGUAGAGCCCGUUCCGGUCUCCAUGCCCAUCCAACCGAAGCGGAAAGGGAGCCUUGCGGGGCGCCUUUUUCGAAAUCGAUCCAGAUCCUUAGUCACGGAACCCCCGGAUCCACAAGAGGAAGUCGUAACAAUCCCUUCGAGGCAAGAAUCGUACGUGGCCCCCAAUCCGCCCGAGAGAAAGCGUAGCUUCGGUCAGGGCCUCUUCCGAAGUCGAUCCCGCACCGCUGCGGUGGAAACUGAGGAUGCACCGUCUGUGUAUUCGAGGGGCGAAUCUCCGACGACCCAAUCUGUUGGGUCGAAGAAGCGUUUUGGCAUAUUUAGGAAGACAUCUCGCGAUAUGCCUGCCACUCCUGAGGCUGAGACUUUCCAUCCAUCAGGAAGCGCUGUGUUUUUGGGUAAUGUUCCGACUCGGAGUUCACUUGAUGACGGAGCUCCAGACUCCGCGAGCGCCAGCACUCCAAAACGAAGCAGGAAUCCUUUCAAUAUAUUUCGAAAGAAGUCGACUGAUUCAAGUCGCGGAAGUGUAGAAGAAUAUGCGCCUGAGAGGGCAGAAUCUUUCCCUCCACAGGAGGGAGUCACACCUACCUCGGGCACUUUCCAAGAUAUGGAUGCCCCAGCUCCCAUAGUGUCGAGGCCUAAGCCGAAAAGGUCUUGGACGGACAGACUCUUGGGCUCCCAGAAUCUUCUCUGUUGUGCACGAGGAACCAGAAGAAAUGCUACCAGAGGACCAACCUCCACUGUCACCACAGGUCGAGCGACAACUCCUUACCCUUGAUCCAGCUCAUCAAGCUGACGUGACGCAAUAUCCGUCAGCUUUAUCUGCUGGAGAAGAGCCCCCCCCAGUCGUCGACUUAGUGGCACCACGCGGCACCACUUCUCCACGGCAUCGCUCGGUAUAUGCUCAACUUUAUUGCCAGGGUCGAGCCA